UCUCUUCUCAUGUUACACAGCACAUUCCUCUCCAAACCUCCACUCUGCUUUCCCUUCUCAAGUCCACCGUCCUCCUGCAAUGUGUUGCUAGAGAUCAGAGCUUUGUUCUGAGACUUUGGAAACGUUGCAAUGGAAACUCAAGAAUAAACCCAGGGAAAGUCACUAAACAAUGUGACUUUGGAUGCAUCUCAUGCAUAAACCGUUCCAGUUAAGAUGAGAGUAACUUCAAGAAGGUUUACAUCAUGAAUAAUACUGUAUUUGCAUGGAUGAGGAGUGCAGGAAUGAAGAUGAUGUGGCGCUGAUGCUGUGAUUGAACAGCCGGGAACACAUUAGACGUCUAUCAGUGGUUUUUAUAAUGGCUUUAAGAGUGUGGUUGAAGUUCAGACUAAAAUGUCAGUUUGUGGUGGUCUUCCUGUUUCUCUUCAGUCUUUCGGUGGUGAUGAUAUACACCCUUCCUCCCUUCCAAUCUGAGCAGAGCAGGCUAAACAAAAGGGGCCCCCACAAAAACAAACCCAGCAGGCUGGUUGAGAAGUUGUCUCUAAAACAUUAUCUUCCAGUGUCUUCAUAUGAACACACCAAAACCUUGAAUAAUCCUGAAAUGAAAGAUUCUGCUAAACAUCUCCUGAUGGUUAACCAUCACCAACUAUCAUUUUCCUCUGGAAGAACAGCAUCAACUGAAAAGCCUGCAAAAAGUAAAGCAAGCAAAAAGGAACAAUAUCUGCAGAACAUAAACAAGUAUCCAGGCACAGUAUUUGCAGCUGGUGCCAAAAGAGGGCGAGCUGUUAAACUAGGAAAUAGCAGCAACUCCAACCCAACCAUCCAUCUUCGUCGCUCCAGACAUGACCUAGCAUUCCCUCAGUCUGCCAGCAUCCAAAGCCUCCGCCCAAACAACAAGACAUGCAGGCACAAAUGCAUUCCAGAUGAAGCCAAAGCAAAGAGGCUUGUGGGGCAGUUAUCUGAUGCACAGCAGGUGGUAAAACUGAAACAGGCCCCUGGAGAAGAGGGAAGACAUGAAAGACAAACAGACCCCUCUGGGAGGAAGAGACCCAAAUUUGGAGCAGAAACGAAAGACAGAAGUCCUGAAGAGGCUGGCAUCAAGGAUUCAGCCAAUGACUGGUGUAUGAUGGUCUCUGAUGAGACUUUCAAUGAUAGCUGGAACCAAACCAAUGCAGAGUCUCUACCCUGGCUCAGUGAGGAUGAUAUAAAAAAGAUGACACUUCUAUCCAGAGGCACUGUGUUGAGUAAAUCCAGGCUUCCAGGUCAUGGACAAGUGCUUCAGGUUGGAUUCAGUGAGAAAAAAGACAUCUUUGAUCCUGAAGGGGAAAAUCAUAUCACAUGCUGUGAGACAGGAAGCUGUGCUCUCAUAAAACGUCCCAAUGAUUGGUUUGAGGUGUUCGCCUUUCACCUGGACAGAGUUCUGGGUCUGAACCGGAGCUUGCCCGCAGUGUUGAGAACAUUCCACAGUGAGAUUCUACCCUACAAGUACAUUAAUGGAUCUCCCAGACCAGUAAUAUGGUGGGAUCCCAGCAUCCAACAUCUGUCUGAAGGUGACAAUGACCAAAAUUCUUUCUCACUCACUUGGCCACAAUAUCAGAUUCUACUUCAGAGCAGGUGUGGUACUUGGGUGCCACUAAACUUUACAACAUGUGUGGGAGUUCAUCAUUCAGAAUGGGGGAGGCUUGCCUUGUUUGACUUCCUGCUGCAGGUGAAUGACAGACUAGACCGAUCUUGCUGUGGUUUCAGACCAGACCCAUCAGAACUCUGUGUAGAAAACCUGCUGCAUGUCAAAUGUGGAAACCCAAAAGACUUAAAUCUGGUGCACAUCCUGGUGCGGAAGUCAGAACCAUCCAGAUUGGUUUUUAUUGACAAUGCAGGAAGACCUCAUCAACCACAAGACAACCUCAACUUCAGACUGGUUGAAGGUAUUGAUGAGUUUCCAGAGCGGGCUGUUUCAGUACUGCAAUCAGGAUGUCUGGAGAAGAUGCUCCUUCGCUCCCUGUCUGUAGAUCGGGAAUUCUGGGUGAGCAGAAGAGGGGCACCCGGACUCAAAUCUAUCAUCCAACACAUUGAACAAAGAGCCAAGGCCCUCCUCGAGCACAUAAAAGAAAAGAAACUGCACCUUAACAGAGAUCUAUGACUCUCCAAUGAAGAGAUUCCCUUAUAUUUAGGGGGGAAAGCAAUUCUCAAAAUUCUCUUGCUUUGAAUUUAAUUGUCCAGACUCGUUUAUAUCAGUGUCUGAAAGUCUGUUUUGUUGUGCUACUUAGAAAGUCAUGCACAAUAUGCAAGACAGCUAAAAUGAGAGGAGAUUAUUGAGUCGAUUUCCCUAAUCAGGAUUGACAAUCCUUGAACUGUGAUUAUGAUGUUGUGCACAGUGUCUGAGAGAAGACAUUUCAGAUGGUCAUUUGCAGGCAGGACUCAUGCGGUGGUCCAUCACUGGGAAGAGACUUGCAUGUCCUUGAUAAAAUUGGUUUUCAGCAACAAGCAAUUUGUCUUUCUAUGCUGAAUGUAAAUGUGCUGUUGAUGGCCUACAGUGGUCAGCAGCCAAUUGGAAGAUAUUUAAUAUUUAAUGUACAGUUAUGAGGAGUGGGAUCUUGGUCUAAUGAUAUUUCACAGUGGGUGAAUUGUCACAAAAUUAGACACCAAAUAAUCAACUAAAUCUGUCACUUAUUUGUUGUGUUGUCAUAACCGCAUUGGACAAAACCUGAAUUUACAUGGAAGAAAUUAAGCUUUGUCAGUGCAUUCAGGAAGAAUAACUGCAGCUGUGAAUCAGAUAUGAAGCUAAGCUAAUGCAGCUUCUAAACAAUUUUUCUUUUACAGUAUCCUUGAAAUGACAGAACAAGAGAAUUGUGGUGUACAAGCUAAAUCUUUAAUGAAGGCUGCUAUACUAGAAUAGAUGCUGAGGACUAUGAAACUGUGGUGUGGAGUGAAACUGAGCCUUCUCCAUGUAACUCCUGCUGGGCUCCUACAAGGGAUUUGGUGCCCAAAGGCACAGUUAUGCAUUACAAUUGCUGAGUCUGUAUUUGUGGUGUCGUAUGGUGAGUUGUCAUACAUGAUUCUUGACUUUCAUAUGCAUCCUAUAGGCCACAUACUGUACACACACUGCAUUUAAAUAUAGUUGUCACUUCCUUCUACUGAGAAACAAUCAUUUAGAAUUGUGGUUCUAAACCUUUUUGGCUCAAAGGCCCCUAUUGUCAGUAACAAUGUUCAAAGACCCCAUGACCCCAUGACAAAUUUUCUCUUUCUUUCUUUCUUUCUUUCUUUCUUUCUUUCUUUCUUGUUUUGAUACCUGAUUUCUACCCAAUUCAUAUCAUCUAGCCGAUUUAGAGAUCAAAUUUUUACCUCAUAUUUUUUUCUCUUAAUUUCAAAGAUCUGCAUAACUAAUAAUUUAAAAGGCCCACGCGUGCAAUUAUUCAUUUUAGUGAUUUACAUGACUUUUCCAGUAAAUCAGGCUACCUUAUAUAUCCAGGUAUCUAGAUAGUGGGAACCCUGCUUUUUUCUUUUUCAAAAAAAACAAGUUGAAAAACAGUAAAUAAAUGAUUAAAAGAAUAAAUAAAAUGGCGGGGAUGAUUUAAAAUAAGAAAAAUAAUUAAGAUGAUAUUGCUUUUCUGAUAUUGCUUAAUAUUUUAAUGCUUUUUUUUUUAACAUUUUAAGUCAUCUUGAGGUCCCCUUUGGAAGUAGACCCCCUUAGUGGGCCCCAGUCCUCUGGUUGAAAACUGCGUAUUUAGACAAUUCAAGUAUAUCGAUAUGUGGACAUUAUACUUCCUAAAUUCUGCAGUGUGUAGGUGGCCUUUUUGUAAAAAAAAAAAAAAAAACUAUUAUCAGUGUUUUGACUGAUUUUUCAUCACCCAGUCACACUAGUUUAUGCAUAAUUAAAAAGUCAUUAUUUUUGGAAAUGUAUGACUCCAACUUUGGAACGCUGAUUGUUCUACUUUUUACUUGCUGAUUUUGGAAUUUUCACUUGAAUAAAUGUGCUCAUCUAAGAUUCAUGAGAAAUUAUUUCAAGACUAGCCAAAAACCUCUAUCAAGUGAAGAAUUGCAAGUAUCUGACAGCUUAUUUAUUUUUCAUAAAUUAAUGCUCAAAAUCCCAUUUUGCACAUUUGCACUUUUUAGUUUGUAUUUGGUCGAAAACAAAUGCAAACUGCAAAAUGCAGAUAUAACUUCCAGAAAUCAAAUCAAUAAAGAGGAGAAGAUCGACCGAAUCUGUUCAUGAGUUGAUCUUGUCAUUUGCCUCAUACUGAUUACACUUGGACAGAUUUAAUUUCGAGGGAGAAAAAUAAAUGAUAUCAGCGAAAUAUUAAAUCUCCCUUUCAUCCAGUUUAAAUUCCCACAGGUCUUAUUUACAUUUACCUAAUGUGGGCCAGAGACUCCUGCCUGUGUUCUGCUUCCAAUUUCACUUCAAAGUACUUUGACUGCUUCUUUUUAAACUAAAGAAGGGAGUUCACCAAACAGAUUUGAACAUAAGACUAGUUUAGCAAAAAUUAUGAAUGCAAUGAUACUUUAUAUCCUUGGUACACUGUACAAUAUUUAAAAACUGCAGUUAAUUUUAGAAUAUUGU